CAUUAUUAUGUCACUUUGUUUUGAUUUUGAUCGAAUUGCUCAGCUGAGUUAUUCAAAAAUAUUCUUUUGAUUUCUGUAAUAGGUAUCUAUUUAAAGUUGUUUUUAAAUUAUUUGUAAAUUAUAAAGUUAUUACCUUUAAAUUACAAACAAAAAAAUGGUUACAUUUGCACCUGAUGAAGUGGGUUUACAAGAUAAAUCGCCUUGUGCAGGUAUCAGAGCAGAUCUUAAAAUGUGUUUACUAAAUAGUGAUUGCUGUAGAAAGGAAAGAAAGACACCUCGCGAAUGUCUUAAAGACGGAGUAGUUCCUGACGAAUGUAUUCAAUUAAGGCAGUCAUUCUUUGAAUGUAAACGAUCGCUACUUGACAAUAGAAGAAGAUUUAGAGGGCAUAAAGGUUAUUAGAAUAAGUUUAUUUUAAUGUUUAAUGAUAUUACAUUAAUGUUAUUGUUGACUAUGUAAUAACAGUGAAAUAGUUUUAAUAAAUGUUAUUUUAAAGAAA